GUUUUUGCCCGUAUGAAGCCCGAGCCGGGACGCGCCGGGGCCGCGGGACGCGCUGUGUGCGGAAUCUAUUAACCACGCUUUCAGAUUUGGAAAGAUCAUGAUUAGUACAUUGAGUAAGGUGGGGCUUCAGUUCUACAGAAAGUGAACUUGGUUCAGCUUGGUUUGCAUCCUGUAAGACAGUUAUAGAGGUGUCUGGACUCUGUAAUGGUCAAAGAUUUCCAGUAGAAGAGGAUGAGACAAGAAUUAAAUGCAUGUGGCAGACUCUGGACCUAGGCACCCCAUGCUUUUGAUGCUAACUAGGAGGGAGCUUGAUAAACACUUUUACCAACUUUUCGUAUUAAAAACAGAUUUGUGCAUCUGUACUUCCAAACAAAGUUUGCACAGAGAGAAAAUUCUGAAUAUGGCUUGAUUUGCUCUUGAUCUUGGCAGUGUUUCUAAUGACUGUCCCACGGACUCUAUCAAGUUCAGGGGCUUCUACUCCAGCACUGAGGAGCAGAACCCUGAGCAGCAGCCUGGGAUCAGCAAAAGCAUUUCUCUGUCAUUCUUUUUAAAAGAACAACGGAAAAUGAGUGAUUACCCUGGACUCGCAAAUAACCAUAGCCAGAUGAUUGCUGAAGAUUCAGAAAUUCAGACGAAGCCUGAACACUCUCGUGGAGUUCUUCAGGAAGAUAUUGAAAUGAGCAGUGGCUCCAGUGGAAAUGACUCCAGUGGAAACGACUUCAGUGGAAAUGACACAAAUGAAAACUAUUCAAGUGGGCAUGAUUCGCAUGGCCAUGAGUCUGAUGAAAAUGGGAAAGAUUCAGCAAUGCUCAUGGAAUCUUCAGACUGUCAUAAAAGUUCAAGUUCAAAUGCAUUUAGUCUGAUGAUUGCAAACUCUGAACACAAUCAGUCCAGCAGUGGAUGCAGUAGUGAGCAGUCCACUAAAGCCAAAACACAAAAGGAAUUGCUGAAAACAUUACAAGAGCUGAAAGCUCAUCUUCCUUCUGAGAAGAGAAUCAAAGGCAAAUCUAGUAUCCUAACGACAUUGAAAUAUGCCCUGAAAAGCAUAAAACAAGUUAAAGCCAAUGAGGAAUAUUACCAAUUGUUGAUGAUCAAUGAAUCCCAGCCUGCUGGUCUCAAUGUGUCAUCCUACACAGUGGAAGAGGUUGAGGCUAUAACCUCAGAAUACAUCAUGAAAAAUGCGGAUAUGUUUGCUGUCGCUGUUUCUUUGAUUACUGGAAAAAUUUUGUACAUCUCUGAUCAAGCUGCUUCUAUUCUCCGCUGUAAGAGGGGUUAUUUUAGAAAUGCCAAAUUUGUGGAGUUCUUGGCACCUCAGGAUGUCAGUGUGUUCUAUACUUCUACCACCCCAUACAGAUUACCAUCAUGGAAUAUUUGCAACAGAGCUGAGUCCUCCACCCAGGACUGCAUGGAAGAGAAAUCUUUUUUCUGUCGCAUCAGUGCGGGGAAGGAGCGUGAAAAUGAGAUUUGCUAUCACCCGUUUCGGAUGACUCCUUACCUUAUCAAAGUGCAAGAUCCAGAAAUAGCAGAAGACCAGCUUUGCUGUGUGUUGCUCGCAGAAAAAGUGCAUUCUGGUUAUGAAGCACCCAGAAUUCCUCCUGACAAAAGAAUUUUUACAACUACGCACACACCGACCUGUUUGUUCCAGGAUGUAGAUGAAAGAGCAGUACCUCUGCUGGGAUACCUACCUCAGGACUUAGUAGGAACACCAGUCUUGGUGCAUCUUCACCCAAAUGACAGACCCUUAAUGCUGGCAAUUCACAAAAAAAUUCUUCAGUAUGGAGGACAGCCUUUUGACUAUUCACCAAUUAGGUUUUGUACUAGAAAUGGAGAUUAUAUCACCAUGGACACCAGCUGGUCCAGUUUCAUCAACCCUUGGAGUAGAAAAGUUUCAUUUAUUAUUGGAAGACACAAAGUUAGGACGGGUCCCUUAAAUGAAGAUGUCUUUGCUGCUCCCAACUAUACAGAGGACAGAAUCCUUCAUCCCAGUGUUCAGGAAAUCACUGAGCAAAUAUAUCGGCUAUUACUGCAGCCUGUACACAACAGUGGAUCCAGUGGCUAUGGAAGUCUAGGUAGCAAUGGUUCACAUGAGCACUUAAUGAGUGUGGCAUCCUCCAGUGACAGCACGGGAAAUAAUAAUGAAGACACUCAUAAGGAGAAGCCACAGGUUUGUCAAUAUGCCCGUAAGGUCAAGAAUAAAGGACAGCAUAUUUUCACUGACAAUAAAGCAAAACCAGACCAUAAGAAAGAGUCUUUUGCAGAAAAACAAAAUACUCCUGGUGGUCAGGUAAAAGAUGUAGGGGGAAAGGAUACUGCAGUAACAGCUGCUCCUAAGAAUGUGACUCCUGAAGAGUUGGCUUGGAAAGAACAACCUGUAUAUUCAUAUCAACAGAUCAGCUGUUUGGACAGUGUCAUCAGGUACUUGGAGAGCUGUAAUGUGCCUGGUACAGCAAAAAGAAAAUGUGAACCUUCAACAAGUGUUGAAUCCCUGAGUUCUGGAGUUCAUGAACAAAAAGCAGCUGAGAGUGCUAUACAGCCCUUGGGAGAUCCUGCUGUGUUGAAGGCACGUGGUAAAUCAAGUGGUCCCCCAGUGGUUGGUGCUCACUUAACAUCUUUGGCUUUACCUGGCAAGCCUGAAAGUGUUGUGUCUCUCACAAGUCAGUGCAGCUACAGUAGUACCAUCGUUCAUGUUGGAGACAAGAAAACACAACCUGAACUGGAAAUGAUAGAAGAUGGUCCGAGUGGAGCAGAAAUCUUAGAUGGCCAACCUCUUGCCCCUCCAUCAAGCUCUGCACAUAUAAAUCAAGAAAAGGAACCUUUUAAAAAACUGGGACUGACAAAGGAAGUCCUUGCAGUGCAUACACAAAAAGAGGAGCAGAGCUUCUUGAAUAAGUUUAAAGAAAUCAAGAGAUUUAAUAUUUUUCAGUCGCACUGCAAUUACUACUUACAAGAUAAACCAAAAGGACGACCUGGUGAACGUGGUGGCCGUGGACAAAGAAAUGCCACUUCUGGAGUGGAUCAGCCUUGGAAGAAGAGUGGAAAGAACAGGAAAUCAAAACGCAUUAAGCCACAGGAGUCCUCAGACAGUACAACUUCUGGAGCUAAAUUCCCCCAUCGAUUCCAUCUCCAGGGUUUAAACACCACUGCUUGGUCACCAUCAGAGACUUCACAAGCGAGCUACUCGGCAAUGUCUUUUCCCACUGUCAUGCCUGCAUAUUCACUUCCUGUUUUUCCAGCAGCGGGGACUGUGCCACCAGCUCCUGAAACUUCACUCUCUGGUUUUAAUCAGUUGCCAGACUCUGGAAAUACUUGCCCUAUGCAACCCUCCCAGUUCUCUGCACCCUUCAUGACCCCUGUCGUAGCUCUUGUGCUCCCCAACUAUGUCUACCCCGAGAUGAACAACAGUUUACCUCAAACACUUUACCACAAUCAGCCCAACUUCCCUGCCCCUUCCGCUUUCUCCUCACAGACAGUAUUUCCAGCACAGCCACCGUUUGCCACCCCCAGCCCUUUCCCACAGCAGGCAUUUUUUCCAACACAGCCAUUCCAUUACAAUCCACCAGCGGAGCCGGAAAAGGCUCCUGUCGCAGAGACACGAAAUGAGCCGUCCCGCUCCUGCACUCCACAGUCAGUGGGUCCUCAGGACCACGCUUCACCACCUCUGUUCCAGUCAAGGUGCAGUUCUCCUCUGAACCUUCUACAGUUGGAAGAAACCACAAAAACUGCUGAAAGUGGAGCUCCUGCGGGUUUACAUGGAGCUUUAAGUGAGGAAGGAGCCAUAGGCAAAAUUAUGACAACUGAUAACUGUAGUGGAAAGGAAUCCUUACCAGCUGAAUCUCCAAUGGAUGCUCAAAACAGUGAUGAACUCUCCAUGUCCAGUGUCUUGCUUGACAUUUUACUUCAAGAGGAUGCAUGUUCAGGCACUGGUUCAGCCUCUUCAGGGAGUGGUGUAUCUGCAGCUGCCGAGUCUCUGGGCUCUGGAUCCAAUGGCUGUGACAUGUCAGGGAGCAGAACAGGUAGUAGUGAAACUAGUCAUACCAGCAAAUACUUUGGGAGCAUUGAUUCCUCAGAAAAUCAUCAUAAAACCAAAAUGAAGACAGAAAUGGAAGAAAGUGAGCACUUCAUUAAAUAUGUCCUUCAGGAUCCUAUAUGGCUCUUGAUGGCAAACACAGAUGACACAGUUAUGAUGACUUACCAGAUUCCUUCACGAGAUUUGGAAACAGUUUUAAAAGAAGAUAAGCAGAAAUUAAAACAAAUGCAGAAACUACAGCCAAAAUUUACAGAAGACCAAAAAAGAGAGCUUAUUGAAGUUCAUCCAUGGAUCCAGCAGGGUGGGCUGCCAAAAACUGUUGCUAAUUCCGAAUGUAUUUUUUGUGAGGACAAUGUACAGAGCAAUUUUUAUACAUCAUAUGAUGAAGAAAUCCAUGAAAUGGACCUUAAUGAAAUGAUUGAAGACAGUGGAGAAAACAACUUGGUUUCCCUGAGUCAAGUCAGUGAAGAACAAACAUAGCAUUUGAGCCUGUUGUUUUGAAAACUGCUUCAAAACGACAGUGAAGGAUCCAUAAAGUUUUAAUCUUGUAUCCAGCAAGAUGAAUCCAGUUCAUAAAAGCAAAUGUUUUUUUCUUGCUCAAGAAGAGUCAUUUGUGAAUGAAUCUCUUUUUAAAUGGUGGCAAUCUCUUCCCAGUAAGGACAUUGUUGAAGAUGGUAUAGCUUUUCUUUAAAAGACUCAUAUUUUGCACUUAUAUGCCUCAAGUAUUUCUUUAUAAACUGUAGAAACUUUCAUUGAUGCCUACUGGUUUUUGUAGAGUGGGUUAAUAAGUGCUGAAAAUCUCCUUACGUACAUACGGUUCUUCAAAUCCCCUUUUGGUAAUGAUUCAGCAUUAGAAAUUGUUGAAGCAAUUUUGCUUAGUGGCUCUUUAGCAUUGUUCUUAAUAUUUGAAGUGGUCCAGCAUCGUAGAAGAAAUAACCUUCAAGGAAAUCAAUUCACACUUGCCCUUCUCAUACCAGCUGAUCCCAUCCUCUUUGUUUGUCUCCUAUAGUUUUGAAUGUAGGAACUUUUUUUGUCUAAGAGAAAUGUUGAGCUAAUUUUCUGAGAUGGUCUUGGGUUAAAAUACAUGUUGUUGUGUAAGUAUAGAGGAGUGUUGACAACUUUGUAGCCUUCUGUUUGAAUGGACACUGCAAUACUAUGAACUGUUUAUUACCUUGAAGCAUAAUUUCUGAGAAUUUAUACUCAAGGAAUCUUUAUGCUUAAAGAUUUUAAAAACCAAGACCACAGAGAAUGACUGUGUGUGCUCCAGAGGCUGUUAAAGCUUGGGAUAACAUAAACCUUUCUUUCUGACCUGUUCUGUCAGGAGGUUGGCCAUCAGUUGUUGUGAUGUGGCAGAACAAACACCCAGUUCCUCCAUGGCAAGGGAGGAUUAGACUCAUCUUGUCAUUUGAAGGUGGUUCUUAAAAAAAGAAAGUGAUUUUGAGAAUAGUGUUGACUCACUCUAUUUGAAUUGCAUAAUCUCAAACUUAGCAUGGCUGGAAUCCUUUGCUGUUGAAGAUUUAAUUUUAAUGCCUCUGAGAUUGUAUUGACUUGAAUAUUUGUACUUUAUGUUCUUGUACUGUUUAUAUGUGUUGGAUGUGGGAAGAGAACAUGAAAGAACAACUUUAAUAUGUUGGUUAGUUAAAGGACAUACAGUUGCAGUGUUGCUGGAUGUCAGCUUUAAGUCUUGGGAUGAAAAAUGGAGAAAUUCAAUUGACUUUGACAUGUUUGUCUUAAAAUAUUUUUCAUGGGAAGCAUUUCCUUUUUUAUUAGGCUAAUGUUUCUAUUCACUGAAAUUUAAGGUUAUUUUUAUUCUCUAAGAAUGUUUCUCUUUGCAUACAAAGAGGAUGUAAAGUUAGAUCUGACACUACCAAAACUACGGAGAAGUGACUGGUAUUUGCUUAGUGGAAGAAAUAAUUUGUGUCAAAUAAUUAGUUAGUUAUAAAUUGGACAGUGUAUUGAAGAAAUUUGCACUGGAGACAGGUUCUGCAAAUAGUGAAAUGUGUGAACUUGUGAAACAAGUAGAAUCACAAUUUUAAAAAAAAUAAGUAUCUUAAAUGUAGUGUGAAGCACUACCCAGCAAGAUCUGAAGCCUGUCUUUAACAGCUUAGCAAGGUCAAACGUAAAUAUAUGUAAAUAUAAACUGAAUGAGAAAUGUUCAAGUGUUGGUGUUCACGUCCGAUGUAUUAAAUGUUUUAAUCAUAAACGGAACAGUGCAGCUAUACCAACAUACUAAAUAGAUUUUAUUUUUACGUGGAAACAUGAACAGUUUUAAUUGGACCAGGGUUUGGGAAAAAUAAAAGCUUUAUAUAAAAGGAGUGCAUCAUAAUUAUACAAAUAUUUUUCACAGUUUUCAACCACUUUGAACUUCCUUGCUUUAGCAUGCUUUUCUUUUUUCAUGUCUUUUUUAUUUGUUCUCAGUUCUUUUAUUAUUUUUUCGAUGACCAUCUUGUAACCGUAACUUAGUGAAAGGAAGAGAAAAGUAUAUUUAGAGCAUUUUGUGGAUGUGCUUAAUUAUGAACUUAAUCUUGCAUCCUUAAAGUGUUUGCAUUUACAGGGUGGUAUUAAAAUAUUUUCCUGUAACUUUAAAUCUACAUGCCUCCAUUUAUAGAUAAGAUUCUGAAGCUGUAAUUUUUCCAAAUUGUUGUAAGAUGAUUUAUUUGUGAUGACACUUUGUCAACAUGUCAACAAUGUUUUCUGUACACUGUGCAAUAUAUUUUGGUUUUGCCACUUGUGACUAAUUUUUAUGACUUUGCUUUUUAGAAAACUGGUAAAUAAAACAGAUAUAUUUUUA